AUGGACAAUCAUCGUCGUAAUCUGGCCAUCAUCCACCGAGGACAGCGAUAUUUCUGCAACGGGACUUCCGUCUGUCUGGGUACCACAGAGACCGAGUUCCGUUCCAUAGGGCCCUAUCGCAGCAACGCUGCCGUCGACCGCGCCAAAAACAUCAGAACUGCCGUAGCAGCCCUCGACAGUGUCGUCUGGACUGGUGCCGGCGAAAAAGACGCACCCGUUAAUGUCACUGACACUAAUGACCUGGGAGAGAGCCAGGCAGCCGAAGAGGCCCAUGGCCAGAAGGGAGGUGUGGAAGUGCAUUUUGGCUGA